AUGAAUGGGCAGCCUUCUGCUGAUAUAUUGCCAACUGAUUUAUUUGCAAAUGCAGCACAGAAAGCCUUUACUGCACCCCACGCAGCAAACGACGUGUUACAAUAUGGCGAUGAAUUGGGGCAUCCAGGAUUUCUAAAGAAUCUAGCCGAGUUCCUCUCGAACGAGUACAAGUCAGCUGUAUCAAGCCGUCAUUUAUGCGCAACGCCCGGAGCAUCACUCUCAUUACAGCAUUUGCUGACUAUAUUGACUCGCCCACAAACAACGACUCGCCAGGUAUAUUUUCAAGAUCCAACUUACUUUUUAGCUUUCAAUGUGUUUUUGAAUGUUGGCUUUACAAGAGAUCAAUUUGUCGGUAUCCCAGAGGAGAAUGACUCAGGCAUCAAUGUAGAUAGAUUGGAAGCUUACCUGAUCGAGCAUCACCAUCGCGGCAGUAUUGAUAGAGAAGAGAGCAUGAUCUUUGAUUCUAUUUUGUAUUGCGUACCUACACACGCGAAUCCAACAGGGUCUAUCUUAUCUAAUGAGAAGAGAGCAAGAUUGGUGCAACUAGCAAAAAAGUACAACAUGCUGAUUAUCUGCGAUGAUGUCUAUGACAUCCUCACUUUUGAAGGCGAAAUACCAAAGAGACUAGUAGCUUAUGAUUUGGAAAGCACAAGCAAUGGAGGAGAUAAGCAUGUUGUAGUCAGUAAUGGUUCUUUUUCUAAGCUGCUCGCACCUGGUGCAAGAGCUGGCUGGAUCGAAGCUGGUGAAACCAUUAUAAAGCAAGUUGGAGCAUGUGGUUCAUUUAUAUCAGGUGGUUCCCCAUCCUAUCUUUCAAGCCAAAUCAUCAACGAAAUGCUUAUAGAUGGCUCUCUUCACUACCAUAUUGAGUUUCUCAAAAAGACACACGCUGACAGGCUCUACCAUGGUUUAUACGAACCCAUUCAAAAGGAAUUAGUGCCUUUGGGCUGCUCUAUCGACAUUCGACCAAAAGGAGGUUACUUUGUGUGGUUAAGGGUUCCAAUUCCAGGAAGUCAGUUGAUGGAGAUCACACGACAACACAAUAUUGACGUUGGUGUAGGCCUCGGAACCCUGUUCACUGUAACCAAGAGAAACGAGGAUGAUUACUAUGUUCGUCUAUCUUUUGCACAUUACGAUACCAAGACAUUACAGUUAGGUGUAACUCGUUUAAAACAAGCACUGUUAAUUGGGAGAGAUGCGUAA